AUGAGCGAGGAAAGAGCUGCGGUGCUGGCAGAGGAGCGGGAGGUGCUGCAAAGCAUAUACGUAGACGAACUUGAAGGUCAGCUUGGCAUCGUAGUAGCUGAUCAAAUCACUCCCAGAGUUUUGACUUGACUCUGCCUUCUUAGAGAUCGAUGAGGAGACCCUGAGGAUACGAGUGGAUCCCGAGGAAGGAUUGUCGGGACCAGCAGGUCAGGAAGGCGAUGCAUCAGAGCGUGAGUCAGCUCAAAGUCGAGGCCGAUGCAUGUUAGUAAGCUGAGUAUCAAUGUCAUCCCCUCAGCACCAACACUGGCCUUGAACAUUAAAUACACCCCAAAAUAUCCCGAAGAAGCUCCGGAGAUGAGCAUCGAAUGCAUAGGCGGGAGUGUGCCCGAGCAGGGCAUUCAAGAGAUGCAAGCCGAGUUGCACACCACCGUACGUCAUCUCAUGUCUUUCGCCGGCAUCAUACAUUAGGUUGCGCUGAUCAAAGAAACCCGAUUCCACGCUCAUAUAGGCCGAAGAUUCUCUUGGCAUGGCUAUGGUCUUUGCCCUUGCUUCACAGCUCAAAGAAUCCUUGACAGCAUACAUUACUCGAACAAAACAGAUCGCAGAGGCACAGGAGCAGGACAGGAGGAAUGCGGAGAUUGAGGUGAGAUACAUAGGUAUGCGGCAUCUUAUGUCCGCGCUGCGUAGCGUUGGAAGGUACAGUACGUUGUUGAUCAGGGAACCGCUCGCUGCCAGGCUGAGGCGGAAAAAUUCAGAGGUACUGCAGUCACCGCGGAGCGCUUUGAGGCUUGGAGAGUAACUUUCGAGAAGGAGCAAAAAGAACUAAAGCAGAAAGCCGAUGAGGAGUACGUCAAAUCAACACUCAAGACCGCUAAAGUGCGUUUGGUGUGCCGUGAUGCGACGCGCUAUCUCCCAGCUGAUAGCAUGUCCAUUGCCCGUGCAGGAACGCGAAGAAUACCGUAAGCUGGCAGCGAGGCCAACGGGCAAAGAGCUCUUCGCGAAAGGCGGACAGAUGCACGAUGAUAAGGCUGAGGCUGAAGCUGGGGAUGUGGAGGGCAAUGAGGUCGAUUAUUCCUUGUACUCUCGGGAAGAGCGAGAGCGGCAGAGGCGCGAAGAGGAAGAACGAGCCGAGCGAGAAGCGCGGGAGAGGCUUCACGAUAGCGACGACGAAUAA